AUGGAUAGAAGUUGGAUUUAUAACAGUGCACUAUUUUUGCCGGCCUUUUUGUCUGGUGUUCUGCAAUUCAUGGAAUAUGUCAGAGGUAGAUAUAGUGCAGAUGAGAAAAUCAAGUGCCCAUGCCAAAAAUGCCUGAACCAGAUAGAGAAAAGCCUAGAUGAUGUACACAAGGAUAUCGAACUCAAUGGUAUGUCUAGGUGGUAUACUAGGUGGGUUCACCAUGGAGAGGAACAAGAUGAUGUUGGACAAGAUGAAGAUGGAGAACUCGCUAUUGUACCUGAAGAUAUGUCAUUGGACGGAAAUGACCAGGCAACACUUGACGAGGAAGGACAACUUGAAGAUGUCGUAGAUGACGGUGCAAGGGGAGUUCAGGGGUUGAUUCAAGAUUUGCGCGACGCAGCAAGCCAUGGCUUUGGUGGUAACUUAUAUAAACAACUCAUGGAAGAGGCAAAGCGUGAACUUUAUCCAGGUUGCACCGAGGAGACUAGGCUAUCAUUCAUUAUUAAACUGCUGCAUAUAAAAGUGUACAAUCGGAUAACAACAUCUGGGUUCGAUGCAUUCCUUGAGUUGCUUUCUUCAUCUUUGAAGAAUGACCAUGAAGGCGAUGAUCAUUGCCCAGUUUGUGGCUUCACAAGAUGGAAAGUGAACAAGGAGGGCAGAAAGAAAGUUCCUCACAAGGUCCUCCGUUACUUUCCAAUAAUUCCACGCCUUCAAAGGUUUUUUAUGUCAAAGCAGCGGGCACAAUAUGCAAGAUGGCACAAGGAAAAGAGGGUACCCAUUGAGAAUGAAAUGAGACAUCCUGCUGAUGGGGAAGCUUGGAAAGAUUUUGAUGAGACUUUCAAGUCUUUUGCAGAUGAUCCCCGCAGUUUGAGGUUAGGCAUUGCUACUGAUGGAUUUAACCCAUUUGGUCAGAUGAGUAAUUCAUAUAGCAUAUGGCCAGUGAUAGUUGUACCAUACAAUUUUCCACCAUGGAUGUGCAUGGACCAAUCCAAUUAUAUGCUUGCUUUACUAAUUCCAAGCAAAAAAUCACCAGACAAAGAUUUCCAUGUGUUCAUGCAGCCUUUGAUAGCAUACUUGAUAGAGCUUUGGAAGAGUGUAAAAACUUAUGAUGCAGUUGAAGGCAAAGACUUCAGCCUGCGUGCAACGAUUCUGUGGGGAAUCCAUGACUACCCUGCAUUAGGCACCAUGUCAGGCAGAACCACUAAGGGUUACUUUGCAUGUGUGCACUGUGAUGAGAAUCCAUGCUCCGAAUGUCUUAGAAACAAAAUUGGUUUCAUAGACCAUAGACGUUUCCUCCCUAAUGACCAUGCUUGGAGGACAAACAAAUCUUUCAAUGGCAAGCAUGAAAAAAGAGAGAAGCCCAGGAAAUUUAGUGCAGAUGAGGUUAUGGAAAGGUUGGAUGAAGUUUGCUAUGUUCCAGGCAAGAAUCCAGAUAAUAAGCCAAAAUCAAGAAAACGACGACGUAAUGAAGAUGAACCAGUAUGGCAUCUGAAGGUUAGCUUGUAUGAUUUACCAUACUGGUCAAAAUUGAAGCUACAAUACAACCUUGAUGUUAUGCACAUAGAGAAAAACAUAUGUGAAAACAUUUUGUCAACUCUACUUAAUAUUCCAAACAAGACAAAGGACACCAUCGCUGCUAGACUAGAUUUGGAGGACAGAGGUAUAAGAAAAGAGCUUCAUUUGCUAGAUGACAGUGGUAGUUCAUCAUCAAAGCCAAGAGCUUGUUAUGUUCUAAAACCAGAAGACAAGAAGAAGUUCUUGCAAUUUGUGAGCAAUGUUAAGUUUCCAGAUGGCUAUGCCUCCAAUAUAUCAAGAUGUGUCAAUAUGGAGGGAGGAGGAUCAAUACAUGGGCUGAAAACACAUGACUGUCAUAUAAUGCUGGCCUUCGUGGUUUGGACAUACCAGAUGAAAGAUGAUGGUUACUUCAAGAGCAUAAACAUCACAGGUCGAUGUUAUAAGGAUGAUCCUUUCAUUAUGGCCACAGAUGCUACACAAGUAUUUUUCUUGGAAGAUACAAAAUUAGGUCCAUGUUGGCGAGUGCUUCAAGAAUUUGGCCACCGACAUAUAUUUUAUGCCGAAGAGUCCCACACAAACCAACCAAUCCAUGAACAAGUACAAAUGAGAUGUCAAGAGGCAUACCAAGAGGAGCAUAUUUCAUCUACAGAUGGUGCAGUGAGAGACAUUCCUCCAGAUAUGGAUUUGUUGCACAUGGAUAAUGAACCAGGCAGCCCUAUUAGUACAGACCUCGUCGAGAGCAUCCGUCGACAAAAACAUAUUGCUCAAGGUGAUGAAGCAGACCGUGAAGAUGAAGAUGAAAAUGAAGAUGAAACCUACCUUGAGUACCAUAGUCCAGAAGAAGGCAACACUUUAGGAGAAGACAGUGAUGUUGAUUGA